AUGUUCUUCCGCUUAUGCUUAAUGUGUUUUAAAGGAGAAGAUCCUAACAAAGCUUCUCAACGACAAAAUAAUUCGGAGCCUAAAUCAAGUGCCCCAGUUAACAUGCAAAAAGACGUAGAAAAAUCAUUAGCAAACGAAAAAGAUAAUAGGAUCAUAAAUGAUAACCCAUCAAAUUCAUCUAUAUCAUCCUCAUUUGUAUCAGAAAGUAUAUCAAGCGGUGAAAAGUCGCCGAUAACAACUCCUACACCAAAUAAUGGCACAAAAUCGAACCAAGUUAGAAAACUAACUGGCGGAUUCCAAAGAGCAAAAUAUAAAAAAAAUAAUGGGAAGAGUUAA